CAUAAAUGAAAUAACUUAAGCUUUCAAAAGAAGAUAAAUUAGCAAUUACAGAGAGUCUUGAAAAAUAAGAUGUAAUCAAUAAAUGAUUAAAUUAUAUAGUUUGAGACCUUUAUCUCCUACUUUCAAGAUUCAGAUAUUUUAGAAGAAUGUGAUUAUAUAUCAUUUCGCUUUAAAGAGAAAUUAGCACCAUCUGAAAAUGCUGAAUUUUAAGUUAACAGGAAGUUUUACUAUGCCAAAAUUACUUAGAUAAUAAAAAUUAGUUUACUAACUGAAUAGGCGGGAUUCAUUAAAGGUCAGAUUUAUUACAGAAUCAAAGAUUUUGAAGAUUGUAUAAAUGAAUUUCCUAAGCUUAAAGAAUGUACAUCCAAAGAUCUAUUUUUAACUGAAUAAACGAAAUGGUUUCUAAGCACUACAUUUUAAUAAAAAAUUCAAGUCAAUCCAAUCGAAUUUUAUAGUGAUGAUACAAGGAUACUUAAAAAUAAUCAAUAUUAUACAAGAGCAUAAUAUAACACAUUAAAAUAAUAAUUUAAACCUCCAAUUAAUUAAUGGACUACAUAUUGUUUUUGUUCAAAAUUAUAUGAUCCAAUUGAACCAUAUAUUCAAUGUGAUUAAUGUAACGAAUGGGUUCAUUAUGUUUGUAGUGGAAAAAGUGAUAAAGAACUAAAAAAUAUAUCAAAAUUGAAGUUUAUAUGCUUUCCAUGUCUCGAUGCAAAUAAAAAAAAAAAAUCACAUAAUGAAUUUAGUUAAAUUCAAGAUUAAGAAUCUACCAAAGCUAGGUCUUACAGUAUAAAUAAUGGUAAAAGAAAAAAAUGAG